CCUCGACUUCCUCUCUGUUAGCAGACCACAAAUAACUGAUAUCGACGGAGGGCGCUUAGAACCUCUUACCUUCACACUACGUCACAAACAUGCCGUCUCCUCUUCCGCUCACGUCGUCUUCUCCGAUGUACAUCCACACGGACUCGGCCCCUUCACGGCUGGCAGAGACCACAACCAGACUGCGUACACCUUGGGUACACAGCAGAUAACAUCGCACAAACCCGCCUCGCAUGACGCAUUCCUUGAUGCGCGGACGCGCUCUCUUGAGCGGCUGGAGAGUGCAGACCUGCCUUGGUGGGAGGACGGUGUUAUCGGGCCAGACAUCGAGAGUCGGGAGACCCUCCUCGAGCUCGCGAAGAUGACGAACAAUGCAUAUGUCACCCCCGACGACGGUGCAUGGUACGAGCUCGAUGAGCAGUGGAAGAAGUACCAUCCCAUAGGCUGGGAGCCCGACGCGGACGGCUUCCGCGGGUACGUCUUCGCGACGGAGGACAAUUCGACGGUCGUCCUCUCCAUCAAGGGCACAUCGGCCGGUCUGCUCAACGGCGGCGGGCCCACGGCGAAGAAAGACAAGCUGAACGAUAACCUGCUAUUCAGCUGCUGCUGCGCCAAGAUCGACUGGACGUGGACGACGGUGUGCAACUGCCAUCGCGGCGGGUGGAAGUGCGACCAGAGAUGCCUCGAACGUGCGCUUGUGGACGAUACGAGUCUGUUUUAUCCGAUUGGGACGAAUCUGUAUAACAAUCUAACCUAUAUGUAUCCUGAAUCUAAUAUCUGGGUUAUCGGGCAUUCGCUGGGUGGUGCCCUGUCAUCCUUGCUCGGUGUCACGUUUGGUGUCCCUGCCGUCGCAUUUGAGUCUCCCGGAGAGAAAACAGCGGCGAGACGAUUGCAUCUCCCUUCACCCCCUUCGACUCAGCACAUCACCCAUGUUUAUCACACUGCAGACCCCAUUGCCAUGGGCACAUGCAACGGUAUCCUGUCUUCCUGCGCUCUCGGAGGAUAUGCAUUGGAGACGGGGUGCCACCUCGGCAAGUCGAUUGUAUAUGACACCGUCUCACAAUAUGGCUGGUCUGUGGACAUACGGACACACGGAGUAGUCAAUGUCAUAGACAAGGUCCUUGGAGAACCGUGGAAGCCCAGUGAGGACAUGGGCCGGCACGUUCCCGAGGCCGCUUUUGAAAAGGACUGUGUGGAAUGUUAUAGCUGGGAUUUUGGAGAUUACUGAUAAUGUGUCUGGAUAGAAAUGCACAUUGCUAUGUUGCAUGGGUUGGACUUGGACUUUGAACAGUGCCACGGACAUCUGGCGGUAACCCGAUGACCUUGCUGUAGUACACCCUCUGCUGACGCAAGGCCUUUUUCUUCCGCAUGCUCGAUACCUGAAGCACCGAAUAUACACAGUCGUGCAGUUUCAAUAGAGUUCGAUUUGUUAAUGUUCCAUGACCUCAAAUUACCUGAGUAGAGUGCUGUGACUCCUGUGAAAGUAAGAGAAGGCGUGCACUCAAUUCUGCUGCAAAAAUGGGCUCCGAUAGGUCCGGGUCUUCAAAUUUAUUAAAUUCUUCCCGCUCGAACAUGUCUGACGCUCCAGACAUGUGUGACACUUUGCAGCAAGCGGCAUGAAUCCUGAGAUACUUGGGCGAUGGCAGUGGAUAUUUCUGGGGAUCACUCGUUGUAAAAGC